AUGACGGAGCGCCAAAGAGCGCACGGUCAAGAUGCAGGUACCAGCAUCGGCUUCAAGAACAUUGCCUCCAAGAUCGCGUACGAUCUACGCCUCGAUGCCCCGGACGGCAGUGAUAAGGGCGGCGAUGGCGACGGUGACGGCAGAGGCGAUGGCGGAAAUGGCGGCAGCAGCGGUGGCAGCAACAAUGGUGGCAACAAUGGCGACAAUGAUCACCAGACCUCUGGUGGCAACAACAGCAACAACAACCAAAACAAAGACAGCGCAGGUGGUGAUGAUACAACAACAACUAGAACAACUUUCGAAGAGGACGGUGGCGGUGGCAACCGGAAGGGUUCCGUGGGAUAUGCUAGUACUGCGGUGGCGUACGGUUUCGUUGGUAGUAGAUGUGGUGGUUCUAGUACUACGGGUACUACUUAUAUGACGACGACUAGGGCGGCGAUGGCGAAGGCGAACGGUGGCUACGCCGUCCAUCACUACGAUUAUCCCAGCGAUGGACCGUAUGGGCCGGUACGGGAGGGGGGCGGAGGAAUCGAGGCUAGAGAUUCUGCCACCUCGAAUGGAGGUGGUGGUGAUGGCGGCGGCGACGACAAGGUAGUCGGAUAUAAUAAUAUAUUUGCAUCGUUGCUGAGAACUACUACCCUUUAG